ACUCCAACACUAAAUUGUCUUAAUAAAUUAAAUCUUAAUUAGUUAUAUAUAUCGACUUCUGUCUUUGAACAUUUGAUCAGAUUUGCUGCAUCUUCAAUUCUUCAUGGCUUCAUCUGCAAAGUUCCAAAAUAAUUGCCCGCUUCAGCUUAAUGAUUCGGUACAAGUGGAGAUGGGUGAAGUGUCUAUUGACCAUGCAAGCAUGCCAGGAAAUUCGAUUUCAAAGAUUGAAGAGCGGAAGUUGGCCAUUAUUAAAGAGCAGGAUUCGGAGGAUAUGUCAAAUAUCGACAUGCCUAUUUUGUACAUAUUUAAGAAGAUUAUACAUACAGUGUUUCUUAUCCCAGCGGUGUUACUCGUAGCAAUAAUAUCACCGGAUGAGUCUCAAUUUUUCAUAUUCUCUAGUUUCAUCUCUAUGUUACUGGAUCCUUUGUUUCUGUACAUUCCUCUCAUCAAAGAGGAGACUAAGUGCCUCAUGUUGGACAAGAAGUUGAUGAUAGCAGCUCUUAUUCUGCGAAUCGUCACAGAUCUUCGCUAUGUAAUGAAAAUAGGCUCUAAGAUUAAAAAGUGGCGGGGAUCUCCUAAGGAAAUAGCUGGGAGCAUCGCAACUGACGUUGUCGCUAUUCUUCCUAUUCCACAAGUUGUCGUCUUAGUUUUCCUUCCGAGAAUGAGGAGCUCUGGAUCUUUGAGUAUAAUGAAGUUUCUCAACUCGCUUAUUCUAUUCCAAUAUCUACAACGAGUUUAUCCUAUCUAUAGAUACUGCAAGAAUCUUAACAAGAAGAUACAUUUGUCGAGUGCUCCUACACGGGCUUGGAUACCAAGUUUAUUCAAUAUUCUCAUUUACAUCCUUGCCAGUUAUGUACUAGGGACGUUUUGGUAUUUUUUCUCUAUCCAACGAGAGAUAGACUGUUGGGAAUAUGCUUGCCAAAGUGAAAAAGGAUGCGAGUUUAGCACUCAUUGUGAUGCCAAUACAUUCAGAAAUGUUACAUUGCUAAAACUUGCUUGCCCUAUAAAUCCACCGAAUGCGGCAACAUUUGAUUUCGGUAUAUUUCUUUAUGCUCUUCAGUCCGGUGUGCAAGAGUCAACAAACGUACCACAAAAGUUAUUGUUAUGUUUCUCGUGGGGCCUACGAAAUUUGAGUUCUUUUGCUUCCAACCUCAAUACCAGUACCUAUGGAUGGGAAACCUUAUUUGUGGUUGCUAUUUCUAUAAGUGGCUUGGUACUAUUUAUAUAUUUCCUUGGACAUGUGCAGACAUUUAUGCAGGUUGCUGGCAAAUCAGAAAGGUCCCGUCAAAAGUGGAAAAAGAUUUUGGAACCAAAAAUAGAAUCCAUGUUAUCUGAAUAUGACCUCCCUGCUAAAGUGAAAAAAAGCAUAGACUAUGUAGUAAAAAAGAAAGAUUUAGAAGACCCAGAUCUUCUUCUGGAGAAUAUGUCUUCAAUUUUUACCUUCAAGCGUGAAGUAGAUGACCAGACUUUACUAGCUGAAUUAACUUCCAUCAGACAUAGUCUCUUCUUGGAGAAGUUAAAGAGAGUAGUACUCCAUCGCCCAGGUACUUGCAUGAACGAUAUGGUGUUGAAGGAGAUAUGUAAGCACCUUGAUCCAGUGAUCUAUCCUAAGGGAAGCUAUAUUAUCCACGAGGGGGAGCCUCUUGAUAUGAUGUUCUUCAUCACCCAGGGCAUUGCACUCGAGUACACCACUGACCGCUCAAUAACCACUUCGCGUCUUGAGAAAGGAGACUGCUACGGUGAAGAGCUUAUCCUAAGCUGGGCAGCAACUGCAACAACCUCGUUUUCCGACUUGCCUAACUCAGGCAGUACUGUCAAGGCCCAUAAAAAUGUCGAAAUCUUUGCUAUCCAGGCUGCCGAUUUACAGAGAGUUUUGUCUCAGCCGUCGAGCCAAUAUUCCAGCAAUGAGGUCACCCAUGCAGCAGAGACCAAGGUUAUACAGAGCGUUCUGUCUCAAUUGCGUGAUUUAUUAAUCAAACCACGUUGGCUCACUCUGGGCUAAGAUACUCAAAUUAAAUUAGCUGUCUAGUAGAGGGCCGUUUACUAUCUCUGCUCUAAAAUAUGAAGUAACCGCAUUCACCAUUAAGAGAUGAAUUUUUGUGAAUUUUCGGCUACCCUUCAGUUCUUGACAAGCUAUUGGAGAUAACAGAUGUGGUAUAGCAACAGCUUCUAAGUUCUAACCUGACUAAUCCUAUCUUUUUUACUUUACCUCAAGUUGU